GGAAAGAUGAAGAAUUUGUUCUCAAGUUGAUCAACCGACCCAUUCUAGUGCUUCGUGGGGCUCAUGGCUUUGUCUGCUACCAUCGCAACUCCAACUUGUUGGAUGCCAACCGUUCCAUCUAUGAUGUCUUCCACCUCAAUUUUAGUGAUGGUGCUUACCAGGUCAAAGGCCUCAAUGACAGGUUCUGGUACGUGGCUAGCAAUGGCACCGUGUGCAGCGAUGGCGAGACUUCUGAGGACUUCUUCUUUGAGUUCCGUGAGUGCAGCCAGGUGGCCAUUAAAGGGAAGAAUGGCAAAUACCUACGAGGAGACCCAGCUGGAACCCUGCGGGCUGAUGCUGAUACCCUAAACUGUGCGACAUUUUGGGAGUACUGAGCCCCUCCCACAAGGCUUGAGAUGCUCCAGAGCCCAGCCUGGUGCCCAAGCCUGGACACUUGGGUGGCAUGUGAGAGGGGAAGGUCAGUUCUGGCACCUGGACUUGAGGGGCCUUACGCUUCCAUAUCCUGCAAGGAAAAAGAUGGCUCCGGAUAGAGGAACCUCUUCACCCAGGGGUAUUUUUAUUUUUAUUUUGGUCUUUCUUGCCUAAGUUUAGAAGUGACACACUAGUAAGACUCCUAGAAGGAGGUUACUGUGCUGUGCCUGACUAAGUCGCAGAGGUUGUAUUUCCCUAUCAGUUUCCCUAGGGCAUCCUUGUUUUUUUCCUCCAGAGGUGUCAUACCUUACAAGACAUCCAAUGUAGGUAUGUCAAUGUUCCAGGAAACAUGGGUAUGCAAAACAAAGGAGACACGACAGUUUCAGGAUUCAUUGCAAAUGUGGAAAGUCAGCUAGCUGGAUGCAAUAACUGAAGACACAUAUGUUAGGGGUGCUCCCAAUUCCCAACACAAUAAAGGCUUGGGUAUUUAUCUGCUCCUUAAAAUCUGGUAUUUUAAAGCUAAGUAGCAAUAGACCCAGGACAUGCCUAUAUUCU